CGAGGCUUUAAAUUGCCACGUUACGUCGGACAAAUUUUACAAUUUAAUUCUCAUUUCCUCCUCUAACUCGCCUUUUUAAGUUAUUCAGAUUGUCAAAAAAUAAAAAUUUAACUCCAAAUUCACAUUGUAAAGUUAUAAUUUUAACCUGAAACAGUGUUUAAAAGUUUUAAUAUGUUUGCUAGAGUUUGCCUAAUUUUAGUGAUUGUGUUGGUUGGGGCCUUCGCUGAAGAAUUCAAAGAGGACGAAGGCGUGCUGGUCCUCACGAAGGAUUCCUUCGAUAGGGCCAUCGAAAAGUACCAAUAUGUCCUCGCCGAGUUCUAUGCACCAUGGUGUGGACACUGCAAAGCACUUGCUCCUGAAUAUGUGAAGGCAGCUAAAUUAUUAAAUGACGAUAAUUCUGAAAUUAAAUUGGCCAAAAUUGAUGCAACUGAAGAAACUGAAUUGGGAGAAAGGUUCCAAGUUAGGGGGUACCCUACUUUAAAAUUCUUCAGAAGCGGCAAGCCCGUCGAUUACAGUGGAGGAAGGACUGCCUCAGAGAUCGUGGCCUGGUUGAAGAAGAAAACUGGUCCAACUGUAGUUGCAUUGGAAGAUGUUGAUACUGCAAAGGCAUUCAUUGAGAAGGGAGAUGUUGUUCUCCUGGGAUUCUUCAAGGAUGCUGAAUCAGAGAUGGCAAAAGCAUUCAGUGAAGUGGCUGCAUCGAUCGACGACCUUCCAUUUGGAUCAUGUUCUGAUGAGAGCAUCUUCAAAGAGUACAAAGUUGAAAAAGAUUCCAUUGUCCUAUUUAAGAAAUUUGAUGAAGGUCGCACUGAUUUGGCAGAGGGUGUAACGGUUGAAUCAUUGAAAGAGUUUAUCAAGGGAAAUCGUCUGCCUUUAGUGAUUGAGUUUACACAAGAGAUAGCUCCAUCUGUGUUUGGUGGUGAUGUCAAGAACCACAAUCUCCUCUUCAUCUCAAAGAAAUCCGAUGCUUUCAGUGAACAUUUGGAUGUUUUUGCCAAGUUGGCUCCGGAGUACAAAGGCAAGGUGUUGUUUAUUUACAUAAACAUUGAUGAGGACGAGAACCUGAGGAUUUUGGAGUUCUUUAACUUGAAAGUUGAGGACUGCCCAACAUACAGGUACAUCACGCUGACCGAUGAGGGCAUGUCCAAGUUCAAACCAGACACAUCUGACAUCAAGUUCGAUAGCAUUAAGACAUUUGUUGAUGAGGUCCUUGAGAAGAAGAGGAAGGCACACUUGAACUCAGAGGAGAUCCCAGAAGAUUGGGAUAACAAGCCAGUGAAGGUCUUGGUGGGGAAGAACUUUGACCAGGUUGCCAAGGACAAGUCUAAGGAUGUCUUUGUUGAAUUUUAUGCUCCAUGGUGUGGUCACUGUAAACAACUGGCCCCCAUCUGGGAGGAACUUGCAGAGAAGUUCAAGGACCACAAGGACAUCAUCAUUGCAAAGAUGGAUUCAACUGCCAACGAAUUGGAAGACAUCAAAAUUCAGGGAUUCCCGACUCUCAAGUUCUUCCCAAAAGAUAGUGACAAAGUUGUUGAUUACAAUGGCGAGCGAACUCUGGCUGCAUUUACAAAAUUCUUGGAAUCUGGUGGCAAGGAUGGAGCUGGUCCUGCUGAAUCUGAAGCUGAAGAUGUUGAGCAUGGUGACGGACUGGAUGGUGAGGAAGAGGAAGAGGAAGUGCCCAAAGAUGAAUUAUAACUAUCUGCAUCUUUUUUGUCAUUAUUUCAAUCAUCUUCUCCUCAAUCAUCAUCUUCCUUUUAACUAUUUUCUUAAUCCUUUUCAUCUUAACCAUCAUCUCUUUAAUCAUCAUCACCAUUGUCACAAUUGUAAACAUCAUCAUCGUCAUCUUUUCAUCAUAGCAUUGUUAUGAUUUAACCUGAUGUGUUGCAUUGUACGUACGUAGUGAUGUCUGAUGUAAAUGGAUUGCGAAUGUAUUGAUUGAUUGACGAUUGUCAAAUAGACUUGUUAAUAAGAGAUAAUAAUUUUUGUAAUUCAUUUUUCUUCACUUGUUUUGUUAAAUUGUUUAAUGUUUUCUUUAGAAUAUUAUUUUGAUGGAAAAUUGUGUUGCUUUUUUAUAAGUUCAUUCAGAUGAAUUGAUUGAGUGGUUGAUUGAAUUAAAUGUGAUUGUUACUGGUGCAUGAACAUGCGAACUGUUUUGGACCAAUAACAAGAAAGACAUUAAUGUUGAUAACUCCAACUAAAUGGUGCCAAUAUGAAAAACAACAUCAUUAAUUCAGUCUCUUUCAGUUUUUUUUCAUUUGUCUCAAACGUUUUAAAAUUCUCAUCUUAGGCUUUCUUUGGUUGAAUUUAUUUCUAUCUCUAACCCUGACCCUGUAACGUGAUGAGAGUUAUGUUGAAAAGUGGUAAGGUGGGAGGUGUUCUGAUGUGACGUCAGGUCAUCCUCCUUCCCAUUUUACCUUCUAUUAGGACGAUUAAUUGAUUGGUAGCUAUGAUGAACUUUUAAAACAUCUUUGUUCAAUACACAGUAUAGUGUGUGCGUGCGUGUGUGUUCGUUUUCUUGUGUGUUUUUUAUUUAAAUAAACAAGAUUAAUAAUUUUGAUUGGUUGGUCUGUUUGAUUUAUUAUUAUUAUUGUUGAUGCUUUUGUCGUCAGUUAUUUUUAAUUUGUUAUUGAUUUGUUAAUAAUAAUAUAUAUAUAUAUAUAUAUAUAUAUAUAUUACAUUUGUUGUUAAUAUUAUUAUUAUUAACGAUUUAUUAAUUACACAAUUAGAAUCGAAUAGAGAAUAUAUUUGUAAGUAUAUAUGUAUAUAUGUGAAUGAAUAUUUUUUAAUGUAAAUGACGAUGCUGAUGUAGAUCAAUUGAAUAACUGAAUGGUCAGUUAAUUACUUAAUUGUUCAGUUAAUUAAUCUAGGAAUUGUUUCUGGUUGAUUCGAUCUGUUUCCGACCACCUCACGUCAUCUAUAGAUAUAUAUUAUGUGUAUGAUGCAAGUUGCAGAAGAUUUUUGUUCAUUUGUCAGAAAUAAAUUGAUCCGUUUUUUGUU